AUGAAGGAAUUGAAUUCAAGUCCUCACGAAUCCUUGCUUUCCCCUCGCGGCGGCGAAGGUGAAGGCGCCGAUGGCGAGAGAUCACCGCGGGUUUCUUCAGGCGAUGCUUCGGGUUUAGAGAGGCAAAGUUCAGCUAUUCCCAGUCCUAAGGAAAAGGAGAAGGAGAAGUUUAAAAGUGCUUUAGAACGAGGCCAUUGGAUGGCUCGCCGUGUAGCGCGGCGGGGAUAUUUGAAAUCGAAGCAGUUUGUUGCUCAUCAAUACACCUUAUUUAAGCAGGAUGCAAAGAGAGGGCAUAAGAUUAUUCGUUGGUUGAGUAUAAUUUCCUGUUUUCUGUUGAUUCCCGGUAUAUUCUUGGAUCUGUUGACGCUGGCAUUGACCCUCAGCCCCGCUGAGUUUCUUGCUAAUGUGUACUGUCUCUUAGGUGCUCUAUUGAUUAUUGCAGCUGAAUUCGCUCGUCAGAGCCCUCGCUUUGGUGUUCGAUCGAUGCUGCAUUAUUAUCUUCGCUUUGUGGAGUUAAGUGCAGGGAGAGGUGUCGUUCAACUUUUCGUUGCUUCUUUUUGUGUGUCUAUACGCUAUGCUUUGAAUCUUUUCAAGUUUAUACCAGGGCUUAUUCUGCUCCUCUGCGGCUGUAUUAACCUCAUUUGGGGAACGUAUGCUGCAUGCAAGUUAAAUGCAAUGCUGGCUCGUCUUCGUGAUGCUGAAGGAGCAGAUAAACAAGAAGAUGAAGAAGAAGAAGGAUUAAAGCCAGAAGAAGACGAAGAAAGAGGGGAAAAGCACAAAAGAAAAAGUUUAACUGAACAAUUAGAUCUUAUGGAAAGAAAAUUUGAAGCUCUAGAUAGAAGAGGAGACGGGGUUCUCACGAAAGAAGACUUAAAAGAAGCAGCAGCUGAGAUGAAUCUCCUCUUAAAUGAAGAAGAAAUAGAGACGGUUUUCGAUAGUCUUGAUACAGACAAAGACGGAAAAAUUGAUAAAGAUGAAUUCGAAAGAUGGUGGCUUUCAAACAAAGGCGUCAAACUUCUUUAA